UCUUAUUUACUUAUUUACCCAACAGAUGUCCAGCAGCCCCCUCACAUUAAAGAGGAAGAGGAGAAUCCACAGCCCCCCCACAUUAAAGAGGAAGAGGAGGAAGUGUGGAUGAGUCAGGAGGGAGAGUGUCCUGUAGGGCAGGAGGAGGCUGAUGUCAGCAAGUUUCCACUGACUGUUGUCUCUGUGAAGACUGAAGAGCAUGAAGACAAACCACCUGAGUCCUCACAGCUUCAUCACAGUCCAAACCUCAAUGAAGAACAUCUUUUUCGUGAGCAGGAAGAGGAACCACAGCCCCCCCACAUUAAAGAGGAAGUUGAGACGCCACAGACCCAUAAUGUUAAACUGACCCUUCACAAUAAAAGGCAAGCGGAGGACCCACUGAUCUUACACAUCAAAAAUGAAGAGGAGGACCCACUGACCCCUCACUUUAAGGAGCAAGAGAACCUGCUGACCCCUCACAUUAAAAAGGAAGAGGAGGACCCACUGACACCCUACUUUAAAGAGGAAGAGGAGGACCAAGAGCCGCCGCACAUUAGAGAGGAAGAGGAGGAAGAGGGCAUCAGUCAGCCUAAAUGGUUGGAGGAGUUCCCAGUGACUGGUGUCCCUGUGAAGAGUGAAGAUGAUGAGGUGAAAGGUGAAAGUGAGGAGAGGGGAGGGGGGGAGCCUCCAAGCAGCAGCUCAACACAACACAUGACAACAGAAGCUGAUGGAGACCACUGUGGAGGAUCACAAGCAGACAAGCUCUUAGCUCCACUAUCAGAUAGUGAGGACACAACGUCACACUCUCCUGACACUGAUGAUGAAGACUCUAAAGAUGAUAAGACAUGUCACACUGACAACACUCACUUCACAUCUUCUCACUCUCACAAAACUUUUAAAUACCAUUGUAGUCUGAAAAGACACAUGAGAACACACACUGGAGAAAAACCUUUUUCUUGCUCAGAAUGUAGUAAAGGUUUUACACGAAGUCAACAUUUGAAAGUACACAUGAGAACACACACCAGUGAAAAACCUUUUUCUUGUUCAACCUGUGGUAAAGGUUUUACACAAAGUCAACAUUUGAAAGUACACAUGAGAACACACACUGGUGAAAAACCUUUUUCUUGUUCAAUCUGUGGUAAAGGUUUUACAGAAAGUAAUAAUUUGAAAAGACACACUAGAACACACACUGGAGAAAAACCUUUUUCCUGUUCGACCUGUGGUAAAGGUUUUACAAGAAGUACAGAUGUGAAAACACACAUGAGAACACACACUAGUGAAAAACCUUUUUCUUGUUCAAUCUGUGGUAAAGGUUUUACAGAAAGUCAGAAUGUGAAAAUACACAUGAGAACACACACUGGUGAAAAAACUUCUCCCUGUUCAAUCUGUGGUAAAGGUUUUACAAGAAGUACAGAUGUGAAAACACACAGGAGAACACACACUAGUGAAAAACCUUUUUCUUGUUCAAUCUGUGGUAAAGGUUUUACAGAAAGUCAGAAUGUGAAAAUACACAUGAGAACACACACUGGUGAAAAAACUUCUCCCUGUUCAAUCUGUGGUAAAGGUUUUACAAGAAGUCAGAGUUUGAAAGUACACAUGAGAACACACACUGGUGAAAAAGCUUUUUCUUGUUCAACCUGUGGUAAAGGUUUUACACAAAGUCAACAUUUGAAAGUACACAUGAGAACACACACUGGUGAAAAAGCUUUUUCCUGUUCAACCUGUGGUAAAGGUUUUACACACAGUCAGAGUUUGAAAGUACACAUGAGAACACACACUGGUGAAAAAUCACAUUCUUGUUCAAUCUGCAACAGAAGCUUUUGUGACCGAUCAAACCUUGUAAGACACAUGAGAACACACCCAGGAGAGAAAGUGUUGAGUUGCAGUGUGUGUGGUGAAAGAUUGUCUUCUAAGUACCAGUGUAAGAAACACAAGUGUGCUGGUGAGAACAGCAGCAGCAAAUGAAACUGCAGGAUUUGAAAUAAACUGUCCAGACUUUCAUUUUGACUUUCUAACAACAUCAGCACAUAUAACAUGUGUGACAUUGUUGUUUGUCUAACAAUCUGUUUAAUAUGAUCUUUACAUUUAUAGAUUGGAUAGUUUGAAAUAUUGAAGUGUGACAUAUUUGUAUUUGUAAUUGUUAAUAAUCCCAUAGAUUAUCACCUUUAUAUGAUAUACAUAUGUACUGGUUCACAUCUGAAACAUCUUCUGGACCACUUCAGGAAGCAUAUUAUUAUUUACUUUAUACAUCAUUUGAACAGUUGUCUUUUAUACAAUUUUAAAAUGUGUGACUUUAUGAAUUAUUUGUUGGGUCUCUAUAAUCCAUGUUAUUAAUAAUCUUUACUACUCUCUUUUGUAAUAUGAUGAUUGUGUUGUGAUUUUUUUAUACUUUAACUUAAUAUGUAUGUACUUGUACGUUUAUGCAAUAAAAAGUGAGAGAAAAUGGCUGA